GCUAAAAUCAUAAGAUAAAACAUCUCUCUAAUCAAACAUUAACAUGGGAAAGAUGGCUUCUCUAGUAGUCACUCUAUUAGUGGCAUUUGUCUCGCUGAGUGUGCCUUCGCUAACCAACGCUGACUACACUUAUGCUUCUCCCCCACCACCACCAGCCUACCAUUACACCUCCCCACCACCUCCGGUUCACCAUGAGAAGCCACCCAAGGAGCAUUAUUCACCUCCACCGACCACACCUUCUUACAAGUCACCACCACCUUCCCCGGUUUACAAAUCUCCACCUCCUCCUGUUCAUGAGUAUCCAACACCAUCACCAAUGUACAAGUCUCCACCUGUACACAAGUAUCCACCACCAACUCUUGUUCACAAGUCUCCCCCGGUUCAUGAAUAUCCACCACCCAUCCCUGUCUACAAGUCUCCACCUGUCUCACCACCUACCCCAGUGUACAAGUCUCCACCAGUUCACAAGUAUCCACCACCCACCCCUGUGUACAAGUCUCCACCUGUUCACGAGUAUCCGACACUGUCACCAGUGUACAAAUCUCCACCUGUACACAAGUAUCCACCACCAACUCCUGUUUACAAGUCCCCACCCGUUCAUGAAUAUCCACCACCAACCCCAGUUUACAAGUCUCCACCAGUCUCACCACCCACCCCAGUGUACAAGUCACCACCAGUGCACAAAUACCCACCACCCACCCCAGUUUACAAGUCUCCACCAGUCUCACCACCCACCCCAGUGUACAAGUCUCCACCUGUCUCACCACCUACCCCAGUGUACAAGUCUCCACCAGUUCACAAGUAUCCACCACCCACCCCUGUGUACAAGUCUCCACCUGUUCACGAGUAUCCGACACUGUCACCAGUGUACAAAUCUCCACCUGUACACAAGUAUCCACCACCAACUCCUGUUUACAAGUCCCCACCCGUUCAUGAAUAUCCACCACCAACCCCAGUUUACAAGUCUCCACCAGUCUCACCACCCACCCCAGUGUACAAGUCACCACCAGUGCACAAAUACCCACCACCCACCCCAGUUUACAAGUCUCCACCAGUCUCACCACCCACCCCAGUGUACAAGUCACCACCGGUGCACACAUACCCACCACCCACCCCAGUGUACAAGUCACCACCGGUGCACACAUACCCACCACCCACCCCAGUGUACAAGUCACCACCGGUGCACACAUACCCACCACCCACCCCUGUCUACAAGUCUCCACCUAUUCAUGAAUACCCACCUCCCACCCCUGUUUACAAGUCUACACCCGUUCACAAAUACCCACCUCCAACUCCGGUUUACAAGUCUCCACCUGUACACAAGUACCCACCACCCACCCCAGUUUACAAGUCCCCACCAAUUCACAAGUACCCACCUCCCACACCCGUUUAUAAGUCUCCACCAAUUCACAAGUCCCCAUCACCUAGUCCAGUCUACAAAUCUCCACCAAUCCAUCAUGAGCAUCCCACUCCUUCCCCUUAUAUAUACGCUUCUCCUCCACCCCCUUACUAAAAGUUUCAAUUUGAUUAAUGAGGUAAUGAAACAAAUUGGAGGAUAUAUCUUUGUCGAAAGAGCUAGAAUAUGAGAUUCUUGAGAUAAUAUACGGAGUACAAAGUUUGUUGUUUUGGUUUGAAAUUUAAAUUUUUAUGUGAAUUAAUAAAUAAGGGAAUUAGUAUAAGGAAAAUUAAAGUUGUAUAAUUAUAUCAUGUGAUCUAGUUGUAAUCCAGGGCUUUGCUUGGAUACAAUUUUGUAAUAUUAUUUUGUAAGUUCAUGUUGACAUAAUAAAAUGUUACUCUCCUUUUGGUA